CUUAACCAACAUCCUCCUUCCUUCCUAGCUAUCACCCUGAAAGCUCUUUCUCAUCUUCUCAACCUAUAACGUAUACCCUCUCUUCUUUUUUUGUUUCUUUUUUUACCUUCUCUCAUUCUUCAAAUCAAAUUUCAACAAACAAGCAGCUACAACAACCAGCCAGAUAUCUUGCUUUGGUUCUAAGAUAAUUUUUGGAUCUUUCUUCAAUAUUCUGUAUCAUCUCCAUCAUAAAAGUCCUCACCCUUCCUUGUUGUUUUUAAUGUCUCUCUUAAAGAACAACUUGAGGCAGCAGCAGGCCAGUUGAAGCUACAGUACUGUAGGAAUACAUCGUUUAUGGCCAGCCAGGGCGACGUGCCACUAGAUAUUAACUACUAAUUUACAGAGAAGAAAGAAAAUCAGUGGGCAGCAAAAAAGGGAGGCUCUGGAAAGAGAGAUUUCCAUGCUUCAGAAAAUGCUGAAACAAGAAGAAAAUGUGCAUGAGAUUUUGGAUCGUAUGCAUAACAAGGAUGAUGGUUCUGGGAUCCCUCUCCCAGACUUCCUUCCUCCUAAGAUGAAAGAGCUCUUAACAGAGUUGGUCAUGGUUGAGGGUGAGAUAGCUCGAUUGGAAGGUCAAUUAAGCCAACUUCAACUGGGUCUGAAACACGAAGAGACAAUUCCUAAGGAUGCAAAAUCAAAACAACUGCAACCUGCUGGAAAUCGAAGCAACCUCCAAGGCCAUAUGUCCUACACAGCUUGUCCAAGCCCCUUCAUCAUAAAAGGCGUUCAAGAUAAAAUGGCAUUUGAGACCAAGGCAUUACAUUUUAUAAGUAAAGCAAUUAAGGGUGACUAUAAUCUUAAUGACUUCAAUCCAAAUGAGAAAAUAGGAGCCUCGAGAGUAUUUUCUGAUCAGAAAGAAAACCACUUCCAUGAGGAGGUUAAAUUUCAAGACAGGGUUCCAAAAAAAAGUGGGAUACUGAAGGCACCUUCACCUUUACGAGAUCCUAGACAUCCCUCCCCCAAGCCGAGAGAACGUAAUGCGCAGGUCCCCUUGGACCUCUUAUCGAAAUCACUGUCUAAUUCAAUUCUAUCAGAAGAUAACAUUCAACAGCUGCAACCCAACAGGCUAUCUGAGAACAUCAUGAAGUGUUUGAACUUCAUAUAUGUCAGGUUACUGAGGACAUCAAGAGCAAUGGAACUGGAGAAAUCAGGACCUAUUUCCAGAUCUUUGAACUCUUCUAUGAUAUCAAGAAGUUUCAGGGCCGAGAACAGCAUGAACUCAAAGUCGAACCUUCUGUUACAGAAGGAAUCAAGACAACAGGAUCCAUAUGGUAUCUUUAAUGUGGAAGAGUCUAUUCCUAGGGAUAUAGGUCCUUAUAAGAACUUGGUUAUGUUCACAUCAAGCUCCAUGGACCCCAAAUGGAUUUCACAUUCUAGUUCUAUUCCUCUCUUGAAAAAGUUAAGGGUGUUAAUGAACAAUCUCCAGACUGUAGACUUGAGAUUCCUGACUUACCACCAGAAACUAGCAUUCUGGAUCAACAUGUACAAUGCCUGUAUCAUGCAUGGAUUUAUUCAGUACGGAGUACCUUCUACACCAGAAAAACUGUUCACAUUGAUUAACAAGGCAACACUCAACAUAGGAGGCAACACUAUCAAUGCUCAAGCAAUAGAGCAUUAUAUUUUGAGGAAGCCAGCAUCUUCAAACGAGGUUAAUCAAAAGAAAGAAAAAGAUGAUAAAGAAGCUGUUGUUCGUAAACUUUAUGGACUGGAAUCGAUGGAUCCUAAUAUCACAUUUGCUCUUUGUUGUGGAACUCGUUCAUCUCCUGCUGUAAGAGUGUAUACAGCUGAAGGUGUCAUAGCUGAGUUGGAGAAAUCAAAGUUAGAGUAUCUGCAGGCUUCAGUAGUGGUUACUAGCACAAAAAAGAUAGCAUUCCCUGAUCUUCUACUUCGAAACACGCUUGAUUUUGCAAUGGACACGGACACGUUAGUUGAAUGGGUUUGUCAUCACUUACCUACAUCUGGGACACUGAGGAAAUCAAUAGUGGAUUGCUUCAGGGGCCAUAACAGUGGCAAAAUACCCUGCAUUACUGUUGAGAAGAUACCAUAUGACUUCGAAUUCCAGUAUCUAUUGGCAAUAUAGACUCCUAAAAUUUUCUAGUUUUCAUAUCUUUCCCACACACACUACUUGUUCUACAAAAAGAAAACAUCGCAACCUUACUCUUUUUGUGAGUGCUUGCAGAUCCCAUUGAAGUAGAUUUUUCUUUCUUCGA